UGUGAUGUUUUCCCCUAGAAUAGUUAUUUUCAUAACUUAUAUCGUUCCAGGAAUUUUACAACAGUUCAACAAAACACCUUAUUUUAAUUCUCAUUUAACGUCAGGUUGUAAAACAACAUACGUUACCAGCUUGCUUCACUGUGUUAGCCUCUGCAACGAGGAAAAUAUAGUGUCUUUCUUUUACAAUCCGUCAAAGAAGUUAUGUCGCUGGGGCUGUGUAGUUCUAUAUUUGGAUAACACUGUGUCUGAAUAUAAUGAAUGGACUCGAUAUGAGCGGUCAUCGAAAGGAAAUUCGGCUUUGGAAAAGACGGUGACAUCUUCGUCAAUAUUUGACUCUUAUCAUCCUCCUAGUCAAGCAGUGGAUGGAAUUAUUCCCGUCACGGUGGAACAUCGUUGUUUUGUGUCCCAACGGGAACCCUCGCCGUUCUGGCAGGUUGAUUUAGGAAUCGUUCACAGUAUCUCCUUUGUCAGGAUUUACAACAGAAUGGACAACACUGGAGAAAGAUUUCGAGAUGCCUCCGUUUUAGCCUCUGUUGAUGGCGUAACGUUUAAGACUUGUGGAUCCUUUAAAGGCCCUGGACUUACACGACAAGUUAUCGACAUAGCCUGCGCAAAAGGCACGAGUGGACAAUUUGUUAAAGUUCAAAUUCUAAAUAACAACUUACAGUUGUGUGAGGUACAGGUCUAUACACUGUAAUGUUAGUUUAGUACAUUUUCAAUAAUGAAAUACUGCAAUUUAUUUAUUAAUAAAAAUGAUAUUCUGACUCAAUGUGAAAGGAUAUCAGAAAAACACCCUUUCACUGUGGUCAAAUAUCAGAAGUUCAGUUUAACUUUAGAUUUUCCUCCCCAUAAAGCUGUUGUGAAAAAUAUAUUCCUUGGGCUGUUAUAAGAGACAGAGAAAAUGAUAAAACCAUUCUGAAUUAGACUAAAACUGUCAAUGUUCCUCGAAAUGCAUGUAUGUUGUUGGAAUCUUUCUUAAGAAUGUUUUCAAUCUCACAACAAUUACUUGAAGGCUUUAUGUGUCUUUAUGUGACCUAUUAUUCUAACAGACAGAGGCCAAAGGGAAAAUUGAAGAAAUUAAGUAUAAUAAACGGAGA